GUACGCUUUCUCAUCAUGAUUCUUAGCAAAUUGCCCCGUCCAGGACACAUUCCCGUUGAAGUCAAACCACUUAUCUUCAUCGUCAGCGCCGCAGUAACAGGUGCCCUCUUCGCUUCUGCCCGUAAGCUUGGAACUGACGAUUCUCUUCGCAAGAGAAAUGCUUAGCAUAUAAAACUAUAACUGAAAUCAACGGCUAGGCAUGACUUCGUGAAGUAAUUUAACUUGCUACUUCCAAGUUACAUGUUUAUCGAGAGCAGCGAUCCUGCAUUUCCAAAAGCCACUUUGUAAAUAAACUCUUUAAACCUAUCUAUACUACGU